UACUUUCUAAUAAUAAUAUUUUAGACAAACUGCUAUGACAAGCAUACAAAAUGAUAUGUAGCUCCCUUGAGAACGCAGAAGUUAUUGCUGCUUAUAAGGGUCUGAGCAGAAAGAUGGCUAUAAUAGAGUCGCAGUCGUAGUCGUAAAUUCAAAGCAAAAACAAUUGACGUUAAUUCUCAAUCCGGUCAAUUGUAUCGAUGGUAUAAACAAUUGACGUUCGCGUUAAUCGUUAAUCUUAUGAUAUCGAUUAACGUCAAUUGUUCGUGUGCACGACUUACGAUUACGACUACGAUUCUAUUACGAUCAUCUAACGUCUAACGUCAUGCAAAAAGACAUAUACAUUUCCCAAUUUUCCAUUUUCAUCACCACUUGUUCAUUUCGUCGUUCAAAGAAUUUGCCACGAUAAAAUUUCGACAGUAAUAAUAAUCUUUUAUUGAAUAUUUUCAUUUUAUAUUUACUACAAUGGAACUUAUAUUUUAGCUUGUAAGCCUAUCAAUUUCUUAUUGUACAAUAAUUUUGUUCCCCUUUUUUAUUACGUGUAUGAAAAUCGAAGUUUAAAAACCCACGUUGCCAAUAAUUCUAGCAUACAUAAACAACCUUAUAGAAAUAUAAAUGCAAUUAACCUGCUAAAUUGUCUCCUAUACUGUGUAUAAAAUAAAUAGUACUUGUAUUAGUGAUAUAAUUUAUAAUUGUAUAAUUUGUAAAUGUAUUUAAGAAUUUUUCAUAUAAAAUAAUAUUAAACACCAAGGUUCAGUCUUGAUCGUAAUUGACUUCUUUACUUAUUUAUGUAAUAAUAUAAUGUUAAGUUAUCGAUAUCACUCUUUAAUUUUUCAAUUGCUCUGCUGUAAAACACGAGAAUAAUUACUAUCUCGUUUUCUAUAUUAUUCAAUAUUACGAAUAUAAGUUUCUCUUGUUACAAGAAAGGUAACUAACGCGAUUGCUUCAUUCAGAAGCAAGGAAAUGAAGAUAUAUGACUUUGGCGAUAAAACAUGAAUGUAAAUCUCGUCUGCCUCAGAAAAAAAUAAAGAAAAUUGUGUUUAAUAUCACCCUCAUCGUGUUUUACUAUUACUAGCGAUAAUGGAUUAUUUAUGUACAAUUCAGUGAACUACGAUCCUUCCAUUAUUCUACAACAUAUAAUGAUGAUAAAAUCAUCUUUUAUAAAUUCCUAAGAACAGCUAUCCUAUUCUUAAAGUUUACAUUUUGCUAUUACUUUCUAUAGUUCUCAGUAUUCUAUAGAAAAAAUAAUAUAUUAUACAAUAUCUAUAAAUAUUAUUAAAAACGAGGCUUUCUAUAUAACCCGACGCAAUAGUAUUUUAAGUCUCGCAAACAUGGACUUUGCUGGCAGUCGUUACUACAAAAUCAUUCAAAUAAUAUUAAUAUGCCUUGGUCUUUGGCCAUAUACACAAUGCACGAGAUACGUCUAUAGUAUAUUUGUAUUACUCCUUCUUUCAUCUAAGAUCUUUUUUGAGUUAUCAACGUUUAUUAUUGUGGAAUACAGCGUGGAUCUUCUUUUAAAUGUUUGCUCGAUCAUCGGACCUACAAUAUAUUAUACACUUGCUUAUUUUGCUACUUUUAUUAGUGGCAAUAAAAUAAAAGAGCUUAUGGAGCACGUGCAGUAUAAUUGGAAUUCUCUGAAAGAGGAAGAGGAACUUAAAAUCAUACACAAUCGCGCUAAUAUCGGAAGAUUUUAUACAAUUAUUACAUUGAGUAAGUAGUUAAAUUAAGCUACAAAACAUUUUCAAUCGUAGUACG